UUAUGGAAGACAGCAGAGAAAAUAGCGCGGAAUCGCAGGACGACAACGAGUUUUAAGACGACCGGCGUCUUCGAAUUGCAAAAUCCACAUAAAAAAAAAAAGUGUGGUGCUGAAAUUUAAUCAAGCAAGCUAUUUACUGGCAAAGAAGAUUUAUACACCAUGACCGACAUUUAUGAAGAUAUAGAACAAUAUGAAAAUCAAGAAUCCAACAUUUACGAUGAUAUAGAAAAUCAAGAAUCUGACGGUAAUCAAAGAGACGACGAAGAGGAUGCGGCUUUUGCCAACGAUCAGAAAGACGACGAAGGGACCGCGCGAAGAAUCGAUCCGAAAAAAACCAAAACGCACGUUAGAAAUCCUUUACCAAAACUCGACACGGAAAAAUUGAAAGGUUCCAAUGGCGUUCAAGCUAUUGAGAAGUACUUCGAAAAUUUCAAGUUUCACGGCAAAGGACGUGAAAAAGCAGAUCUCGAUAGAAUUAUGAAAAGAUUGGAAUAUUGGUCUUAUCGGUUGUUUCCAAAAUAUCAUUUCGAUGAUUUUCUCGCGAGAGUCGAGCAACUCGGAUCCAAAAAGGACUUGCAGGUGUUUAUCAAGAAAUAUCGACUCGAUAUGAUUGCUCCGGAUAAUGAUUUGAUUAUUGAAGACAACGUAGACAGCGAAGAAGAACAACAGGAAAACGCACCUCUCGACGACUUUGAUUUAUUGAUAACGGAACAAAUACAGAAGCAAAAGCAAGCUGAAACUCGAGCUUCGGCGUCUGCUGCGGGUCCAAACACCGCUGAAGAUGCAUUUGACGAACUUGUACGAUCAUCGAAAAACGACAAUACACAGAGUUCGCAAGUAGAAGAUACAAAUACUGCCAGAAACCACGAAUUGAGCGACGAGAUUAAAGAACGAAUUGAAAGAAACAGACAGUUGGCUAUUCAAAGAAAACUUCAGAGAUGGAGAGAACAGGAAGAAGCGAAGAAACUAAAAUUAACAGAAAGCACAAAUGACAAAACAUUCAAUGAUAAUCUUACAACCGAGGAUAAGACAGAUGCAUCUCAAACGGAUAUCACAUUGUCACAAAAUAAUGAAAACAUAUAAAAAAAAAAAAAAUACACAUUCUAUUUGAAUAAAAAAAAACUAUAG